UAAGUAGCCAAAGAUGAGUCGUGGAUUUUCAGAAAACAAUAACUUUCCGUAUGACAACAAUCAAAUGGUUUUGGAUAUGAUCCUGUGUUCCCUAGUUGGUGUUCCUCAGCCUAUCAACUGGGACAGUGUGGCAAGGCUAGUUCCAGGAUAUACAUCCAAGGAGUGUGCAAAAAGGUUUGAUGAACUAAAAAGCAGUGGAAGUUCUCCUGUUGACAACCAGUAUAAUCCCCUGAUGGCUGCUGGUGGGAGUCCUGUGGAAACUUUAGCUACGUACAUCAAAUCCUCCUUGCUCGAUACACAGACAGAAUUUCAGGAGCCUGCAAUUGGGCAGGAUUCCAUUACUAUAACUGGAAGACCCAGCACAACCUCCCCAAGGACUUGUUCUUCAGAAUCUGAGAAAGGUCCUGGGCUUAAAGGUAGAGAAAGCACUGAUGAAAGCCAGGGGCCAAAUAUGGUGAUCCAUGUGUGUGAUGAAGCUAAAAACCUUAAAGAAGAUUUUGUUUGUCCUCGAGACCUUUUGGUUUCGGAAAUGAAAUAUUUUGCUGAAUAUCUGUCAGUGGAUGCCCAGCGCUGGGAAGAGGUGGACAUUUCAGUGCACUGUGAUGUUCACAUCUUUGACUGGUUGAUAAGAUACGUGAAAAGGAACGAUAAAGAUUCUGAAGCUAAUGAAAUGCCCACUUUAGAACCAUCAAAUGUCAUAUCAAUUCUUAUUUCUUCUGAGUUUUUGAAGAUGGAUUCAUUAGUAGAAAAAUGUAUUCAUUAUUGUCACAAAAAUAUGAAUGCUAUUGUAGCCACACCAUGUAACAUGAAUUGUAUCAAUGCUAAUCUUGUCACGCACAUUGCUGAUCUCUUCACACACAAUGAAGUGGAAGAGCUGAAGGACAAAAGAGACAAAUUUAAGAGGUAACUUUUUUGCCCUGUAAUGCG